UCACGAUAGCCUUCUACUUUUGUUAUGGAAAUUGUUCUUUAUUUGACUCCAUAUCUGCUUUUAUGUUUUCCCGGCCAGCUACCGCUGCUUCACUUAACACAAGCUUCUGAAGCCACUAGCCCUUUUGAGGCCAUUUCUAUCUAUUACCAGAUAUUUGCCAAUCCUUCAUCUUCCUUCAUCUUCUCCAGAGGCCCUAACAAUAAAGGAGCAGGCCAUUUUUUUAGUACUAUCCAGUUUUAUAUAUACGUCACUCAAACCCACAAAAAUAACAGGCGAAGGAGAGGAGCACGGAAAACCACCACCACCUUUUUCUUCUUUUCAUACUUGCGGGAAAACACAGGAGAGUCUUUGAGCAAGAAAAUGUAUAGCAACGGAGACUCUUCUUCUCCGGAGGACUCCAAUGGCGAAUCAAAUGAAAAGGCUCAGAGAUCGAUCAGAGGACAGACAAACAUUUGCCUCAUCUGGAGAAUACAGGGCAAUGACUGACAUGUGAGCAACAAACCCACCAUAUGAUGCAUAAUAAACAGAUCUUUGCCAAACGGGCUGAAGAGCACGAAAGAUUCAUCAACAAGGUGACUUAUUUGUUGAGUGUUCUUGGGUUUGGAACAUUCUGCUUUCUGUUGGGUGCCAGGCCUCAAGAUGUCCCUUAUGCAUAUUGUUUGCUCUCUAUCAUAUUUGUUCCUCUACGGUGGAUUUAUUAUCGAUACAAGAAAUGGCAUUACUAUCUCUUGGACUUCUGCUACUACGCCAACACACUAUUCUUGGUCAUGCUUCUUUGUUUUCCUAGAAAUGAGAAGUUUUUCAUGAUUUGCUUCUCUUUUGCAGAGGGUCCACUGGCUUGGGCACUGAUUGUGUGGAGAUGCAGCUUAGCCUUUAAUUCUUUCGACAAAAUUGUAAGCGUCUUCAUACAUCUUUUGUCUGGUAAGUUGGACAUCCUUCUCUACAAAAUAAGACAAAGGAACUUAAGAACCUUUUGAUCCAACUUCGGCCCUUCUUUUCCUUGAUCCCCAAAGCAAAAGCUGCAAAAAUUAUCUGUGGAAUUCUUGAUACGGUGGCCAAAAUAGCUGCCGCAUCUGAUGUUCAGAUUGCCCUAUGCAAGGAAAUU